AUGGACCUUGAGAGAACAAAUAGACCUUGGUUCUCUAUCUUCUACUCCAUUUGUGGAUUGACACCCUUGGAGUUGGCAGUGUCACGAGGAUCUGUAGAGAAGGCAGAAGUGCUCUUGCGAGAUCCAGCUCUUAGUGGCGGCCUUGCCGAACUUCGCCUGCGACUUUAUGCAGUGGCCCGACACCUGCCGCAUUGGCCUAAGACCAACACCAAGGACAAUGCUGUCAGGGAAACAGAGCAAGCAGGCACGCAGGGAAGAGAAGAAAUAGAGAAAGAAGAAGAAGAAGAAUCAGAGAAUGAGAGGAAGGAUACGAGAAAAGACGAAGCUGAGAAUGGGAAGGAUGAGAAGAAAGAGAAGAAUGAAGAUGGCUUGGAUGUCUUGCGGAGUUUAAUUCCUCCGGAGCUCAAGCCCAAAAAUCAGGACGUGAUUGGGGAUAUCCCGUACAAUUGGCUGACUUUCUACCAAAUCAAAGUCAUGUGUCUCAAUGCAAACACUCGCUCACAGAAUGCAACAUCCCAGCGCUCUAUGGAACUCUUGCUCAACUCGCAAGGCUUUGACUCAUUCAUGCGGAACUAUUGCACUUGUUCGAUUCUGCUGGCGACCAUCAUUUUUGUCUUUGGCCUCAUCAUUUACGUGUCCUUUCGCUUAAGGGCCUUUGGCUGGCUCGACGUUCCAAUCUCAAUGGCCGACUUUUUGCCUGGGGCCUUUUCACCACAACGACUUGCAGAUGCAGAUUUUGACCCCAGCCGUCAAAGAAAGCAAUUGCCAUAUCAGAAGGUUCCACACAGGAGCAAAAGCUGUCCAUCCUUUACAGAGGUGCUGAGCUAUUCCUUCAAGGCACUGCUUGGCAUCUAUGCAUCAUGGCUGCUCAUUUGCGUAAGAAUCCCACCUGAGAAGGAUGCGUUUGACGAGGAGUACCUGACAGAUGACGAUGAAGAAUGCCGCUUGAAAGUCAGAGACUCGUGUGCCAUGAAAGCCAAACACGUGGGAUCGAUCGAGACAAUCGCAAGAGCGCUGUCUCUUGGUGGUCUGCAUUUUUGGCUCAUUUACGCAGGUCGUUAUUCGGAUUUAUUCUUGCUUGAUUUUCUCUACUUGGCUUAUGCCUGGCUGGUCAGCACCAUGGCUGGCAUCGGAGAAGAGGGUCGAGUUUGUGAUGAUACGGGAGAAACGGUGAUGGAUCCUGUGGAUGCUGCAAGCACUGUGACAGCCAUUUUCGGUGUACAACACGGGCCACGAUGGGCAAGAGCGCAGUGCACCACCCGCAGCACUGCUGCCCCAAACAAGGCCAAGCGCAGGCGCCGACGCAGAGGAGAUUUAAGCUCAGGGAAUGAGAAAGGCAAAGCAGAAAGCAAAAGGGACCAGCACGGACAACAAGAAUCCAAAGGUGAAAGCAAAGGCGAAGAAGACCCACAAAAAGAUGACAGGGCAAAAGAUGAGGACAGUCAGGAGAAGGCAGAGAAGGAAGAACAUAACGAGAAGUUUGAGCCCAAAAAUGAGAGGUUUGAAGAGAGCGAAGUCGAGGAACCGAAGCCGCCUGCCUUGCCCUCGCCCUCUUCGGUGACUUUCAGUGAUCGAUUUCAACGACAGCUCUUGAAUGCAGGGGUCAUGCAUGUGAACCACUCAUCUAUGUUGGAACUCACAGUGGUGAGCAUUUGCAGUUGCUUUUUGGCGAUUGUUUUCUUGUUUCAUUUGAGAUGGAUUUGUACGAGUUCCUUGGGCCACUUUUACAAGUCUGAAGCAGUUGAAGUGGUGAAAGCCUAUGGAUUCCCAGACUCCAUUGACCGUGGGCUGGCCAUUUCGGCUGAGAUGCUUUUGACGUGGCUUUGCUUCGAAAGGUUGUAUGACAUGAGCACAGUGCUUCAUGCAGCGACCCUAACUAUCAAACAAAGGAACGCAGCCUUGCGUUUCCUACGAGAGCACCAGCCUCCCUGGCCGGUCGGUCGAGAAGUGAGCUCGGUGACCUUGCAACAGGCCACCAAGUAUUUUGAGAAUGUCGCGAAUUGUAGCGAAUUUGCCCUGGAAUUGUCCGACGCUCGUUGGCACAUUCUGGUCAAACCCGUGGAGUUCCUGGUUUCGCUCACGGAGCUUCUUCUCGUAGCAGCUUUGCUGCUAAUCCUUUUGCCCAUUGCUUUGCCACCAUGCAUUUCUCGUCUUGCAUUUCUCUCUCAGAAGCAGCAGGCACUAGGCCUCGCUGCGUUAGCAUCCUCGGAUCCGAUACUUCCUCUCACACUUGGGCUUGUGAUGGUGUCGCCCACAGUCCACACUCUCCUCUAUGCGCACUUUGCAAAUGGUGAGGUGCAGCGGCAACAGAGCAUCUUGAGGAGUCGAGCAGAGUUCGCGUUGUCAAAGAGCCCAUUAAAACAAGAGGAGGAUGUGGAAUAUGUUCAGCUCCGCAACCGCUCCAGAGAAACCCUUUCCAAGGCACUCCUCAAGUGGAGCAAUGGGCGAGCCCUUGGGGUCGUGGAGCCCAUCAUGGUGCUGUACUUUGCCUUGCUUGUAGUUGGCCUAGCCACCAUUACAAGACUCAAUUUCAUCAUCCUUUAG